UCAUCCGUCAUCCGUGAUCUGUCAAACUGUCAUUCACUUUUGUGGAACCGCUAGCGAAAUGUCUGGUUCUGCCGGUGAUAAUUCAAAACCACGAGUUGUGGUUUUAGGAGGGUGCGGCUUUAUCGGCCGCAACCUGGUCGAGAACCUGGUUGCCAAUGACCUGGUGAGCGGCGUGCGAGUGGUCGACAAGACCCCGCCGCAGCUGGCCUUUCUAAACCCCGCGCACACCAAAGUUUUUGAAGACCCCCGCGUUGAAUAUAAGAGCGCAAACCUCAUUAAUCCAGCAUCAUGCGCAUCAGCUCUCGACCCUGCCGACGGCGCAUCCUGGUCCCUCGUCAUCAACUGCGCGGGAGAGACGCGAGUCGGCCAGACCGAGGCAGUGUAUGCAGAAGGCAUCGUUACGCUCAGCACUAAUGUGGCUAAGCAGUGUGCUAAGCAAAACGUACCUCGGCUCGUGGAGAUAUCUAGCGGGCACAUGUAUAGCAGCGACAAGCCUCACAAAGAAAGCGACCCCGUAGAGCCGUGGACCGUGGAGGGCCGUAUGAAGUAUAAAGUGGAGCAGGAGCUGAAGAAACUGGAGCCCGAGCUCAACUACACGGUGCUUCGUCCCGCUAUCGUGUAUGGUGUCGCUGACAGGAGGAGCUUGACGCCCCGGCUUCUAUACGGAGGCAUAUACAAGCACCUCAACGAGACCAUGAAGCUUCUCUGGACGGCCGACCUAAAGAUGAACACGGUCCACGUGACGGACGUCUGCCGCGCGGCCUGGACGCUCGGCCGUCAUCCUGACGCCAACCGGCAGGUGUACAACGUGGUGGAUGACGCCAACACCACGCAGGGAAGCCUGGCUGAGCUGGUGUCGGAUAUCUUCAAGAUCAACCACGAUUACUAUGGGACGGCGAUUUCUACGCUGGCUAAGAACGACAUAGCAUCAGUAGCGGAGGAAGCGAACGACAAGCAUUUAACUGCGUGGGCCGACAUUUGCCGCCGCUAUUCGCUUGCGCACACGCCGCUGGAACCAAGCGCCGGCGCAGAACUGCUGUUGAACAAGCGACUGUGUCUUAGCGGGGAGAAGCUCAAGGCGAUCCUGCAACUGGACGUGCCUAAACCCACUACUGAGAAGCUUUUGCAGGUACUAGAGGACUACGCAUCAAUGAAUCUCUUCCCGAAGGAGCUCCUGCUAUGACCAGAUACGUAAAUCGAUUGAUACCUUACACCAGUCUGCUUAAGUCGAAAAUAUUAUAACCGUAGUUCUCAAUCUACCCGUGGAGCUUAAGGUAUGGAUGUUAACCAUUUAAAACGUAAUUUCUUAAGUUGCAAAUCUUGUAUAACUUGAUUUUAAACUAGCUCAGUUUUUUAUAUGUUGACUUUGUAUUCCUAACGUAACACUGUGAUAAAAAUACUGUGGAUACAUUUUGAAAUGGACGAAAUACAAUAAGGAAUUGAAUGGCGUAUAGUUUCAAUAAUUUUCUGUCUACACAGAUUCGUAAAAUGAAAUUUAAAGUAGUUUUAGAACUGUCUAAACAUUUGUUAAAAGACUAUGAACAUUCAAAAUUGCUCAAGACAGUAUUCUGGUUCCCUUUGAACAGCAUUGUGUCUAAAACUGUUUUUAGAAACCAAUCAAAUAGCCUAUUUCUAUAAAAUAUUAAGCUUUCACUGCCCAACAAUAAUAAUCUUAUAUUUUUUUUACAAAAUUACUCAUGAAAUAUUUUCUGAUUCGGCGAUUUCAAAUGUACUAAACUAAACUAUUGCGUCCCGUAACUUUUCGCUGUAGUAUUUUAUAUGUGAACGGACAAUAAUAUAAACAAACAUUUUGGCGAAUAAAACCACGUAUUGUAAGAAAACUAAAGAAGUAGAAUUGAAGACUGCGAAUACCAAAAAGCAAUUAUCGAGAUUCGCUUUUUCUAAUACUUUCUAAAACUGCAUUUACUUGUUUAACGGGAAUAUGUAAACUAAGAUUUUAUAUGAACAUAAAGUUUCUAUACGUAGUACUUAAUUUUCAUUAUUUUAAGACUAAAAUUUUUUUAAAUUCUUUUUUAAGAUGAAGAUCUUCAAAUUGAAAAUAUGUGAUUUAAUUUUAUAAAUAACUUCAUCUGCAGUUGUUUUACGCUUUCGUAGAUGUAUCGCUCAUUUUUUUAGCUUGUAAUAAUAAACUUCCAAAAUAAAUACAUAAAUAAGCAUCACACGGUGUCGCUUGCAUAAUAAAGUAUGUAUUAAUGAUAUUAUAUAUCUCAUUUAGUCAUUAAGUGUCAAUGGAGAUUUAAAUGUUAUUAUAUGUUUUAAAUUUAGUAUGUUUAGGGUUAGGGCUUCCCAAAGAUUCCUAUCUUUGUUUCUAAAUUACAGUAUUUAAAAUACCUUUCGAAGUGCAUUUAUAUUUUAGUGCUGCAAUCCUUUAAUAUUAUAGUAUUUUGAGAAAUGUAUUGUAUUCGAUCUUAAUCGUAAAUCAUUAGUAUUAGAAAACAUGUUAUUCCAUAUAAGUAUAACUAUUAUUUCUCGUAAUAUGCGUGCUCAUUGAAAAGAGGCAAAAAUAUCUAAGGCCAUAUAAGAAAAAACAAUAUUAAAGAUACAAAUUAUAUCAUACAGUUCUUGAAAACCAACGGUGUAUCAAAAUAACAGUUACACCGUAUUUGUCGCUUUUAUUUCUGGGAAAAUACGGGUCACAUCAAUGUCAACAGGUUACAUCUGAUUUUUGGGUAAUGGUGCUGAAAGUUAAGUGCCUAAAGAUUUUAUAAUCUAAAAUCUAUGACCAAUAAAAUUAGGAAUCGUCAGAAUUCAACUUUAGCCCAAAUCAAUAGCUAUAGCAAUAGCUAUGAGCAUAAAAAACGUGCACAUAGUGCGUUUAGCAAUAUUGUUUUUUCUAAUAUGGCCUAGAAGUAUAUGCCAAUGUUUUCCUAGACGACAGGCAAAACCCUUUUAUGUUAUAAUCUAUUUAGAGUCAAUUACACCUUAGAACGUUUAUAAAACAUUGGAUUUGGACAAUGUCAAAACCUACAACUUGUGAUGUAUUUCAACGGUCUAAAUAUUUGAUAUUGUUUGAUUUUGACGAAAACCUUCCUUCAGUUGUUCCUUAAUCUGAGGUCUGUAAGUAGAUAAAGGGUCCACUAUUUUAUACAUAUGAAUAUAAUCACACAUUGUAAAACAAUUAACUUAAUAAUAUUAUAAAUGUUAUGUAAGUUUGUGUGUGUAGGAUUGAGUUUCAUUUAAUUUUUCUUAUAUGAUGACCCACUAGCGGUUCUAUAUCAUUUUGUCAGAUUUUCACACAAAAUUUGUAUAAUUUUAAAACUAUGUAUUUUUAAAACCAGUAUUUGAACAUGUGUGACAAUAAAAUUGUGUGAGCGAUGUUUUAAUGUCAUACGCCUUAUUCAGGCUCUGUAUUAUUAUUUGACAUUACCUAAGGGUUUGUAAAAGCCCUAGAAUAUAAUAAAAGUUCUCCAGUGGACCCAAAUUCAACGCAACGGACUGGUGAGAGCUUAUUUAUCCCAAAAUGGAGAUAUUUUGUACGCCCUGUAUAUUUUCAAUGGCAAUAUGCAUUAUACGUGUAAUAAAUACUUCUAUUGCAAAAA